AUGAUUGACGCCCAUGUAGUCUUUCUUAAGCUCUUUUUGAUCCAGUUCGACCUGUUCGACAAGCAGUGCGAAUGGGUAUUCCGCAAGAACGAGCCCAACAACAGCCAGGGUAAGGCAUCUUUGCGUUCGCUCUACGCCUACUUCAUCGACAAAGAGCUGGCCGACAUCGGGGCCACAGCGGCCAAGUUCGCCAAGGAUCCCAAGAAGGAAUUUGAAAACAUGUGGAACAAGAUGAGCUCGGCCGAGAGAGAGGGAAGAGACGAUGCCUUCGAGAAGACCAAGGGCAACGAUGGUUGGUGCAGCGCCAAGAAGCUCAAGUUCCCACGGCCGUCCGUACCCCAAGGCGCGUUGGUGUAUGGCGCUUACGGGUGGAAGGGUGUCAGACUUGACGCGGCGAACAAGAACUCGAGCAUCGGUGUUCCGACCAAGAUCACUUGGUAA